AUGGCUAGAGACAGCUUUGAUCAAGAAAUAUGGUGGGAACCUAGAUGUUGUCAUGCUAGCUUAUGGUAUGACAAUUGGACACAACUUGGAGCCUUACAUUACAUCAUGCCUCUUGAUCAUGUUAUUGAUGAGAAUUUUGAAGAAGUUAAUCAACUAAGAGUGGAUGAAAGGUGGGAUAAUAACUUGUUGACUAAACUUAUUGAUUCAAGUAUUUGUGAUCAUGUGAAUCAAGUCAUGGGUACAAUUCAGCAGAUAGAGGAAAAUGAUAAACAGUGGUGGAUGCCCAUCAACAAAGGAAAAUUUUAUGUAGGGAGUGCUUUUGAAAUUAUCCAAAGCAGGAAGGAUCCUCACAAGGAUAUAAUGUUUAUAUGGGAGAGGUGCUUGCCUUUUAAGUUUUCUUUUCUGAUGUGGAGGAUAUGGUUUCAAAGGAUUCCAAUUGGAGAAGUCCUGGUUAAAAGUAGGAUAGCUAAUCAUAUAGAGUGUUAUUGUUGUGACACUAAUAAUCGAGAAUCAUUUAACCAUUUGUUUGUACUCUGUCUGAAUGCUACAUAUCUCUGGAAGUUGUUUGCAGGGGCUAUUGGAAUGCAAGGUCCAUUCAUUCAACUGAAACAAACUAUUUAUAAGUGGUGGGAAGAAGAUUGUGCAACUAAGUUGAAACCUUUGUGUAGGGCAGUACCAAGUUUUAUCAUCUGGCAAUUAUGGAAAAGGAGAAAUAUAAUUUUACAUGGGGGUAGCAUGACCAGACAUACUAUGGUGCUGGAGAUUAAUAGGAAUAUACAUUUGAUGGCAAAAUCAAGAUACUCUUGGUUAGCAGAAAUGCCUAAUACUUGGACAUCCAUUGUACAAUUUCUAGAAAACUACACAACACUAAUUAACAAUACUAUGGUGAGGUGGAAGUUUCCUGAAAGGGAAAGCUACAAAUGCAACUCAGAUGGGUCUAGCCUAGGUUCAAAUGCUUUUUGCAUCAAAAAUGGUCAAGGAGAGUUGGUGUAUGUUGAAGCUUGCAAAACUGAGUUUUGUUCUGCAUUACAGGCUAAAGUAAAAGGAUUUAAAGGGGGUCUACUGUAUUGCCUAGGUCACAAACUCCUCCCUCUGACUAUGGAAACUGAUUCGGUAACCAUUAAGAAGAUUUUGGAUGGAAUUUGGAGGUGCCUUGGAUUAUUUCUGUAG